CUGGAAAGUUCUCUGUCCUUCUUUUAGCGCUUGUCAAAUCCCAGACUCCGAGACAACGUGGACUCGAGGCAGCCUUGCCGAUAGCGCAUAUUUUGUUUGGAUACAAGUGUGAUUGGUGCACAACACUAGCGGAGUCUCUGUGCAGCUAGCUGGAAGUUGUAACGUAUAUUUUAUUUACGGUCGCAUUGAAAAAGUAGCUAAGCACGGCUAGCAGAGAGCUUUAACCAGCGUUAGUAAGCCAGCUAGCGUUGACGUUAGUCAGGUUGUUGCCUGCUGCCCUCGGCGUGGUUUGAGAAGUAGUUAGCUUUAGCCUCCACUGUUGUUAGCAAGCGUUAGUUAGCUUUGAAUUGUGGUGCAGGUCAGAGUAGGAGGAGGAAAUCUGCUUCAUGACAAUGACUGCAGAGGAGCAGACAAGUGAAGGACAACACACCAUCCCAAUGGAGGGAGAGGAUAUCACACCAAAGAAAGAUGGGGGUGUUUUAAAGUUGGUGAAAAGGGAAGGCACAGGCACAGAGUCACCUAUGACUGGUGAUAAAGUGUUUGUGCAUUAUGUUGGCACGCUAAUGGAUGGUACUCAUUUUGACUCGAGCAGAGACAGAGGAGAGAAGUUUUCCUUCGAGUUGGGCAAAGGUCAAGUAAUAAAGGCGUGGGACAUUGGUGUAGCCACUAUGAAAGUGGGGGAGCUGUGCCAGCUCAUCUGUAAGCCAGAGUAUGCAUAUGGAUCUGCAGGCAGCCCACCCAAGAUACCCCCCAAUGCCACUCUUGUUUUUGAGGUUGAACUGUUUGAGUUUCGUGGCGAGGACAUAACUGAUGAUGAGGAUGGAGGAAUCAUCCGUCGCAUUAUCACUAAAGGCCAGGGAUAUUCCAAGCCUAAUGAAGGAGCUGCUGUUGAAGUAACUGUGGAGGGCAUCUCUGAGGGACGAGUGUUUGACGAGAGAGAAUUGAAAUUUGAGAUUGGUGAUGGGGAGAGUCUUGGCUUACCAGCUGGAGUGGAGAAGGCAAUCAUGGCUAUGGAGCAAGGAGAGGAGGCACUUUUCAACAUUAAGCCUAAAUAUGGCUUUGGGAAUGCAGGAAAUGCAAAGUUUGAGAUUCCUGGUGGAGCAACACUGCAGUACAAGAUCAAACUGGCAGCUUUUGAGAAGGCCAAAGAAUCAUGGGAGAUGAACACAGUAGAGAAGCUGGAACAGAGCAGCAUUGUCAAAGAGAAGGGAACACAGUAUUUUAAGGAGGGAAAAUACAAGCAGGCAUCAGUUCAGUACAAAAGGAUUGUGUCAUGGCUGGAACAUGAAUCCGGUUUGUCGGAGGAGGACGACAAAAAAGCGAAAGCUUUGCGGCUGGCGGCACACUUGAAUUUGGCCAUGUGCUUCCUUAAGCUACAGGAGCCAAACCAAGCCCUAGAAAACUGUGACAAGGCUCUGGAAUUAGACGCAUCCAAUGAGAAGGCUUUGUUCCGAAGGGGAGAGGCGCUCUUUGGUAUGAAGGAGUUUGACAGGGCGAGAGAUGACUUCCAGCGAGUUGUUCAGCUGUAUCCUGCCAACAAGGCUGCCAAGAGUCAGGUGGUGCUCUGUCAGAAACGUAUCAAGGAGCAGCACGAGAAGGACAAACGCAUCUACGCCAACAUGUUCCAGAAAUUUGCAGAGAGGGAUUCAAAGAAAGAAGCAGAGAGGGUGAAGAGCGAGAGCAAGGAGAACAGCGAUGACGAGAUGGAGGUUGAGAACGGAGAGAAGGAAGCUGCGAGCGAAGCAAAAGCGUAGAUGAAGAUGUCACAGCGUCGCAGCUCAUCUGUAUUUCAGACUUUUGUAACUUCAGCCGUUUGUGUUUAAGGUGUGUGUGUAUAUGAAAUGUGUGUAUGAGAACGAGCGCGUCCAACGAGAGCACUGACUUUGGGCACGCCUUUGCUGGCUUUCUUUGUGUCUGGGCUUUUUUGCUGUGGCAGCUAGCCGAGCGGGUGGGGGCUUCCCCAGCAGCUGAUGGCACUGAGGGACGUGGUUUUAAUAUAUGAAUUGAGUGCCACAACCCCACCCCCACCCCCCGAACCCUUUCAGCUCACAGCUUUGAAAUGUGCAUGUGUGUUCACAGCCUUUCGGGGUAGGAAAAAAAAAGUGCAUCCCAAGUGUUACGUGUAGAUAUUCAAAACCCUCACCCGUCAAGGGCUAGACCAUUCACCCUGCACCACCUUCCGUCCUUUACCCUUCCUCGCGUUUUUUGCUACCCAUCACACCCCUCCCUUCCCACCUCUCAUGGGCCUACUGAUCAAUUCCUGGAGUUGUGAUGGCAGUGUGCAUAGAUAUGAUGUGUCUGAAUGUUAGAGUGCCUGUGUCCCAAAGUACGUAUGUAGCAGCACUGUGGAUAGGUGGAAUAAUUAAUUGUUUUCCUGGAAUAGCUGUUGGAGCUCGAGCUUCUCACUCAGUCUAAAGAUGGAGCUCCCCUAUAGCCCCAUGGGUACAGGACUGUUCACCUUUGCUUUGACUUUGUACUUUUUUUUUUCCUCAGUGUUGUGCUUGUAUUUUCUGUAUUGUUCUAAAAAUGAUGAAUACAACCAAUUACUUAACUGGAAUAUGUGCAUUUUAAAGCAGCUACAGUAGAAAGGACAUUAAAUAGCUUCUCCUGGACACACUCAAGUAAUAAACAGUUAAGUCUUAGUCUUAAUUUACUGUAAAAAGUACAUGUGUGAACAUGUGCGUACACGGCUCAUCGGAUUCAGGCUGUUAAAGGCUGUACUCAGAGGAAGAUAUGAGCUCUGUUCAGUCAGCAGCAUCUGUAUAGAAGAGCAGAAACUGAACUGAUGGGCUGAUUUAAAACAGGGUCAUGUGUUGAGUUUAUCUGUGUUUGUUGGAAGGGUCACUGUUUGGUCUGCCCUGACAGAAGGAUAUAAUAAACAAUAGCUACAACGUGAA